AGUCGUGUGCACGAUAUUGUAUCUGUCUAACAGAUUGUGUUCAACGUGUGUCGAUAUUCAGCCUGCCGAGAAAGUUUUGAUCGUCCAACAGGGAAACGUCGUAAACCACAAUGACCUCAACAACUCCCCCAGACGUAGCUGCACAUGUUGAAUCCCUGAUACCCAAAUUCAAACUCACCCGCCUCCUCAAUUCCGACCAAGCCGGCCGCCGCAUCUCGCUCCUCGGCACAAUCGACUCACAAGAUGCCCUACUCAUCGCUGAGCGCGCUGCCUUCGACACCUCCGACGCCAACAUGCAAGGCUUCUCGACCUCCCUCCGAAACAUCAAGAAUCUCGGCGCAAACGACAUCUACGCCUGGUUUCUCGCCAACAGCAACCCGUCCAGCUCCGGCUCCACCGCGCCCCCACCGGACUUCAAGCUCAACCUGAUCCACCCGUGCACCGCCAAACACAUCAAGAAGUACUCCAAACAAGGCGUCCGCCUCGUCACCGAAACUCCCUCCAUCUACAGCUCCUACGUGCGCCCCUACAUCGCUGCGCAGCAUAAGAAAGGCACGCUGCAGUGGGUGUACAACAUCCUCGACGGGCUAAAAGAGCAGGAAGAUGUCAUCUACCAGGAGCGCGGCGCCGCGGGCUUCCUGCUGCUGCCGGACCUGAACUGGGACCGCACGACGCUGGAAUCGCUGCACUUACUGGGCAUCGUCGAGCGCCGCGAUGUGUGGUCGGUGCGCGACCUGACCAAGGGCAUGGCGCCGUGGGUUGCGCAUAUGCGCGACAAGAUGCUGGAUGCUACCGUGCGCUUGUAUCCGGCGCUGGAGCGCGAUCAGUUGAAGCUGUAUGUGCAUUAUCAGCCGACGUACUAUCAUUUCCAUAUCCACAUUGUGCAUGUGGCGCUGGAGGCAGGGACUACGCAGGCGACAGGGAAGGCGCUGGGGUUGGAGAAUGUUAUUUCGCAGCUUGAGACCAUGGUUGGAGACGAGGAUGCGAGUUUGGCGGACGUCAGCUUGUCGUAUCAUGUGGGCGAGAGGAGCGAACUGUGGGAGAAGAUAUUUCUGCCCUUGAAGGAGGGGAAGGGAGUCAAGGUUGAUGAAUUCUGAGAAACCGAAUGAGUGAUGAACAUUAAGCUUUGGUCACAAAGCACACAAGAGGCAGCAGUACGUUUGAAGCACUUCAUGAAUUGAGGU